CAUCAUAGUGAAAGCUGACAGAGCAUUGGAUAAAACGUACUUCCUGCAUGCGCAUUCUCUAUCACCUUUGUUGAAAAUACGGGACAAUGGAUUCAUCGGCGAGCCAAGAUCACAAGACGGCAAUGCAGCACGCAUUGGAAUUGGCAAAGAAAUCCCCGCCAAAGCCGACCAACUUCCGCGUGGGAGCCAUCCUGAUGAGGCUUGAAGAUGGUCAUGUUUCUGCCGUGGGCUACACCCUGGAGCUCCCAGGCAACACACAUGCUGAGGAAUGCUGUCUGUUGAAGCUCGCAGAGGAGCAUUCGACCACUGAAGAAGAUUUGGGUACUGCGAUGAAGAGCCCGCACGUCCUUUAUACGACGGUUGAGCCCUGUUUCAAGCGUCUGAGUGGCAAGCUGCCGUGUGUUGAGCGCAUUCUUCGCCAGAAGUCGUGGAUCAAAAAGGUUUACGUUGGAGUCUUGGAGCCGGAAACCUUUGUUGGGAAGAACCCGGGUCGCCAGCUUCUGGAGGACGGCGGUGUUGAAGUCCACUACGUCCCUGGAUUUGAAGAAGAAAUCCUUGCGGUAGCAGCUGCUGGUCACGCAUCGUCAUGAAGCUGUCAGGCGAAGAGCUCCGCUGCUAAAUGAAAACUGAUGCCUACUGAUCAUGGAUACGGAUAGCCAGCUGACAUUCUGCUUUUGGCUUGUUGGAAUAACCCGGUUUGAAAAGAUCAAAACUGGGGUUUUCCUUUUAAGAGAGCAAAGAAAACAAAAGCACAGCCAUCAUGAGAAAUAGAAGCAAGUGUAUGACGGGAAUAGCGAAUCUGCUUAGACGGAGAUGUGAGUGGGGACAGCAACGCGGGGUUGCACCACUGAAGAGCGCUUCAAGCUCCCAGGGACAUGCACAUACCUAUACAGACCUUACCUAGCUGUCAAUACUAAUUGCAAAGCUAGUCGAUAUAAAAUAACACCUUAUACCAAAGCAUUGGC